GCAUUUCAUGACUUUGGAGUCUCCGUUCAAUUAAACCAUAAGUUGUGGAACGCAUGAGAACACCCGCACAACCAACCCAACACUCGGUCCAUCUUCCUUCUCCGUCGCGCACAUGGCUUACCCAUCGCUCCUCGUCGCCGUCUUCGCCGUACUGCUUCUAGCCGCCGGCGCCGCCGCACGCCCCGGCGUGCACUUCCAUCCAUGUAAGACCCUCUUCAUCUCCUACACCUUCACCUCCUCCGAAUCGUUCGAUCUUCCACAGAUCCCCGACCAUCGCAACCCCUCUUCCUCUCCGUCCUCCGGCGGAUACUUUGCCGUUUAUCGUAUUUUCCGUCCUCUGCGCCCUAUCACCUCUUCAAGCGCCUUUGCGCUACCUUCAAGCACCCUCCGCCCGAUGAUCGUCGAUCGCCCGCGCCGCCCAGCGGAGGUGGUCCAGGCGGAGGCCUCCUUCGGCAUGAGCUCACUCCAGGAGAGGGCCAAGGAUAUCCUCGUCGUCGUUGCCGGGCUCCUCUUUGGCGUAGGAUGCGGUGCUCUCACCGGCGCGAUCAUGUACCUAGCGUGGUCUCUCUUCGCUAAUCACUACGACAUCUGCAGCUAUGGCGAUGGCGAGGAAGAUGAGGAGGAUGAAUCUCCUAAGAAGAUGGGGUAUAUUAAGAUCGCGGAGUCGGUGCCGGCGAAAGAAGGGUACGAGGGACAUUAGGGUUUUCGUUAAUAAGGCUUUGGGAUGAUAAUACUUUUAUAUCAUACUCUUAAUACGUAAGUUUUCACGGACGCAUAUGUUAUCUUUCUGCUAUUGUUUUACACUGUUGCCCUAUUGUGGGGUGUUUGACAUGAAUUGAUGCGAAUUGUAUGCCUGAUAUGGCCAUCAAUGCAUCUUACUUAACUUUCUGUGGAUUAA